AUGACACUCGUCCAAAGCAACUUCUUCUUUCUCUUCACCAUCGUUAUCAUUGGCAGUCAACUGUUAUUCGUUUGUACGGAAACUUCUGCUGUAAAUUCUGAAGGCAAUUCGCUCGAAUUUAACAAACGUUAUCGAUUUGACAAGAAAGAUCUUACAGCAGUAGUCGAUAGUUUAGAAUCCAAUGAACAUGACAACGAGGAUGCUCAUUCGUUAAUAUUUAACAAACGAUAUCGUUUCGAUAAACGCUAUCGCUUCGACAAACGAUCAGAUUUCGAUGGUAUUAACAAACGAUAUCGUUUCGACAAACGUUAUCGAUUUGAUUGA